AUGUCAUCUAAUUUAACUGAAGAACAGAUCGCCGAAUUCAAGGAAGCCUUUGCUUUGUUUGAUAAGGAUAAUAAUGGCUCUAUUUCUUCCAGUGAGCUAGCUACAGUUAUGAGAUCUUUGGGUUUAUCACCAAGUGAAGCUGAAGUUGCUGAUCUAAUGAAUGAAAUUGAUGUCAACGGUAACAACCAGAUUGAAUUUAGUGAAUUCUUAGCAUUGAUGUCCCGUCAAUUAAAAUCAAAUGAUUCCGAACAAGAAUUAUUGGAGGCUUUUAAGGUUUUUGAUAAAAAUGGUGAUGGUUUAAUCUCCGCUGCUGAAUUAAAACAUGUUUUAACUUCCAUCGGUGAAAAAUUAACUGAUGCUGAAGUCGAUGAUAUGUUAAGAGAAGUUAGCAAUGGUUCAGGUGAAAUCAAUAUUCAACAAUUUGCUGCUUUGUUAUCUAAAUAA